GAAAUGGAAUCUGCAGAAUAGAAAAAAACCAACUUAGUAGAGUUUCUACCUAUUCAAAACUGAUAUCAUUCUAUUAUUGGAAGAUGAAUUAUACCAUAGGAGAUGAGUCGUCCGACCUCUGCACCGUAUGCUCCAACAUAAAUAUUUCAGAGUAUUUCAAAGAAGAGAUAGAUGAUCGGAUAGACCGCGCUACUGGUCUGAUCGAGGCGGCUUCCACAGCGAAGCGACUUGGAUCCCUUCGGGACAUUUGUUUGAAGGCUCGCAAGUGUUCGUUUUGCUGGAUUGUUGUGCAGUCCAUCUGCACCACUUCCCUAUCCAGAGAAAAGACACCUGAAGCCUUGCUGGAGUCGGAGACGUCCACAACUAAACCGCGAGAAUGUUAUCUAUACAGCUACUGCUCCGCGAAGAAUGAUAGGAUCGAAGAUGAUAAUCCAUCUUCGAAGGCAAUACGCAUUGGUAUUGCUUAUCGGGCUGGAGGACCAGGCGACAGUGGUGGGGCAGCCGACGGACAGAUUGGCGACAUUCAGCUCCUAGACGAAGAUUCGAUGCGAAUUCGGAACUCGAGAGCCUUCUUUGGGCGUCGCAUAGGCCCUAAAAUUAAUAUUAAUCUAGCUAAUUACUGGCUCGACCUAUGUGAAACAAACCACGGGGUUCGCUGCAACGGAGAGAGACAUGGUUCCAAUGUUGAGCCAGAGGAUCUACUGGUCAUUGAUGUGAAGCGGAAAUGCAUUACAAAGCUUCCAGCCGGUGCAAAUUAUCUAGCUCUCAGCUAUUGUUGGCCAACUCGAGAGAUGUUUCGAACUCUUCUGGCGAAUGUUGAUGAACUUUUACGCCCUGAAGCACUCGUAAGCCGGUGGGAUAAACUACCGGGUGUUAUUCAAGAUACAAUCAACCUAACCAUCGACUUUAGCGAGACCUACCUCUGGAUUGACGCACUCUGCAUCGUUCAGGAUGAUAAAGAACAGAAAGAUGCCCAAAUUUCCCAAAUGGAUCGGGUUUACGCUUCAGCUUUGAUGACCAUCGUACCGGUAUUAAGAACACUAGACCCAGAUCAGGCAUGUAGUGGACUCCCAAGAUACAACCCAAAAAUAAAGUAUAGAGAGCAAAAGGUGACUGUUAUCCAAGGUAUGAAUUUAGCAGUGCCAUUCGAGGCAGUGUAUGGAAUGGUGGACGCGAGAACAAGAUGGGGCACAAGAGCCUGGACGUAUCAAGAAUGCCUUGUAUCCCGAAGGAUCCUGUUCCUCACGGAAUCCCAAGCAUACUUCCAAUGCCGCCAUAGUAUAUUCUGUGAAGACUGCAGAGGCGAAAUCGACAGUACUGACGUUUACUUCGCUCCACGCACCAACUUGUGGAAUCCGGGAGCUUUGGAGACAACUGGCGGACGGCUGCAGCUAAAUUUUGGAACUUUACAUCUUCCGAGGGAACCCUACACCAAGGACGAACGAGCAAUUAUGGCAUAUCUCAACUACGUGCUAGUCUAUUCGUGUCGACAGCUAACGUUCAUGUCGGACUCCCUGAAUGCGUUUAGAGCGAUUCAAAAUGUUCUGAGCAAUACGAUGCGGACAUCCUUUUGGUACGGCAUGGCAGAAAAGUACUUUGAUAUCGCCCUCCUAUUUAUCCCUCAUGUCGAUGAACCCCGGACUAAGCAGCUUGGAGAGGACUACCCGUUGAACCCGGCUUUCCCUAGCUGGACUUGGGCAGCAUGGAGUUGUGCACUGGAUAAUUCCGAAUACUUCCCCUGCACUAGCCAUGGUAUCCAUCGUGAAGUAGACUGGUUUCUCUUAUGCAAGGAAAACUAUGCGAUAUUGCUCGAAUCAAAGGGUAGACCAGGUGACAGUAAGUUUCCUCAUGCCAACAACAAGGAACUCGGCAUGUUAGGAAGUAUCCCCUCAGGGAUAUUACCACCAUUAAGGACCAAGACCACAGCCAAUCAGAUUCUCCAAGACACGAACGAUUGCGCUUUGCUGAGUUGCUGGACGAUGGCUUUGGAUCUUUACCUACCAGGGAGCGUCAUACCUUUAGGUCGUCACAGCAGGCGCUGGUCUGGUUCACUUCAUCUUGCAAUCUGCAAUGGCCAAGGGAAGUGGAUCGGUUCUAUUCUAAUGAACAAACCAUGGGUGGAAGCCAGCUUGGAUACGACUCAGCCAUAUCGUUUCAUACUUAUAUCUCGAUCCGAGGACAUUAUGCCGUAUCAAGACUCUGAUGUGAAAUUCUUUGAUACGAAUAUUUUCGAAUGUCGGCCGUGGUGUUUUUUAAAUGUCAUGAUGGUUCAAAUAUUGGGUGAUACUGUUCGACGGCUUGGGAUUGGAACAAUUCAUGAGGACGCAUGGGUUCAGGAGAACCCAAACAAAAUGCUCGUGAAGCUUGAGUGAAAAGAGGGCGAGUUCAUAAUGUGGUUUUCAACAUUUGCUUGAUAUUGUGGGUAGGCGCCACUUUACUAACUAAGGGAUCCACGGCCCGUUUUCCUGGAAUCUGCUGCCUCUACAUGAUAUGAUACCUAAUAAAGGUU